AUGGCCGGCCCAGUUGCCCCCUUCGACAAUGGCGACAGCUCUGCCCUUCUCACCAAGAGGGCGGGCAUCGACUUCUGCCCCUCCGGCGGAACUCGCCAGGUCGGCCAGCCAUGCCCGUUCACGGGUGGCGACGGCACGCCCCACGCCUGUGGCGCGGUCAACCCCGCUGCCAUUCUCCACUGUGUCAACGGCAAGUGGGCGGUUGAGAGACGCUGCACGAAUGGCAGGUGCAAGUGCACUGCGGGUCACGGAGACCGCGGUGACAUCACCUGCGGGUAG